CCCCCCCCGCGUGCUGCACUCUGGGAGCCGCCGCCAUGACUGCGCGGGGCACUGCGAGCCGCUUCCUGGCCAGCGUCCUGCACAACGGGCUGGGCCGGUACGUGCGGCAGCUGCAGCGCCUCAGCUUCAGUCUCAGCCGCGACGCGCCCUCGUCCCGCGGCGCUAGGGAGUUCGUGGAACGGGAGGUGGUCGACUUCGCCCGUCGCAACCCAGGGGUCGUAGUAUACGUGAACCCGCGACCGUGCUGCGUGCCCAGAGUGGUGGCCGAAUACCUUAACGGGGCGGCGCGGGAGGAGAGCAUCCACUGCAUGUCGGUUGAGGAGAUCGCCACGCUGGUGCAGAAGCUGGCAGACCAGUCAGGCUUGGACGUGAUUCGCAUCCGCAAGCCCUUCCACACGGACAACCCUAGCAUCCAGGGCCAGUGGCACCCCUUCACCAACAAACCAACGAUGUUCCGAGGGCUGCGCCCCCGGGAGCUCCCGGACCCUGCCCCAGCCCCAGCCCCGGGGCAAGCACAGUGAAUUGCCCCACCCACUCCAACCCAAGCUGGAGUGUUGGUCAAUAGAAGUGUUUCUUCCUCUUCGGGGAUUCCAAGCUCAAGCAAAGAGCGGCCCCGCCCCGCCCAUAGUGGCUUGACCGCAGAGGUCUUGCUUGGGAUAAAGAGCUGUCUGUCUGAUUUCCCGUGCCAACUUCAAAGGCCUGUGACCUUUCGUGUUCCUUGAGUCUAAUUAGUGGGUAUUGCUGAAACCUGAGAUGAGCUAUUAUACAGGGUUUUUGCUUUCUAAAAUCCAAAUUGAAGCUGUGUGUGGUGGCAUGUACGUACCUAUAAUUGCAGCACUUGGGAAGCUGUGGCAGGAGGAUCCCUGUGAGCUCAAGGCCAGCCUGAACUACAUAGACAGUUUCAAAAUAAAAUUGAUAAUGCUGAUUUCAAAACACGGGGAGUCCCAAGGCUGGCUUCUGAAGAAUCCCUGAUGUUCUGUUUCCACGGCCAUUGAUCUAGAGAGUGCUCUCUGCUGUGACCUGGCGUUGGGCAAGGCACCUACAUGUGUUUGUGUACAGAUCUGAAAACUGAUGUCAUUAAAUUUUGCAAAGUUACA